AUGAACAGCGACACGGCCGAGAUUCCAGGUCCGGUCCUCCAAAAUUUCCAAUGGAGCCUCACUCUCCCGGGAAGCUGCUGCAGGUGGCCCGGUCGCGGUUCGGCAGGUUCACGCGAAGAAGAGCCGACCAAGCCACACUCGAUAAGAGUGGCUGAAGCUCAUCAAGGUGUGGCUGGUGGAUAUCAGGCACCUGAAGCUUCCCUGGCAGCAGCCCAGGACUGUUUGCUCCGCAACAGCGUGGUCUCCUGGUUCAACGGACAAUUGGAAUUUGGGCUCACCUCACUCAGCACUGUCAGUGUCGCCAGAAACAGCGUAUCCUCGUCCAAGUUCCAGAGGAAGGGAGUACCUGACCAGGUCCCUUCCCUCGCAGCCCACGCCCGUCUCGACUUGUCUCAAGCUUCCAAUCCUUGGCCCCAGCUCUGCCUCCAGUUUGUUGUGUACGUGUACGUACGCAUCAUCGUCAACCAUCUCGGUGCUGCCUCAGCUCUCCCACACCUCUGCUGGAACCGACCUCGAGCUCUCUCGGCUCGCUGUUACUGCGAUACCUUGACGUUGGCGCCAGUACCUACGCGGCAAGCUUACUCCGUCCGGACCUUUGGUCACCACGACUCGCCCGUCGACCUCUCUGCUCUCGUACCUUAUCUCGUCACACUGCAACCGCCCGUAUUCUACAAAGUCCCCCGUUACGCAUCAAUUACGAGGCCUCUCUGCUCUGCGGACGUCAAUCGGCCUCUAGAGUACAGAUACCACCAGCCAAACGCCAGUACUACCUCGAUAACCUUGGAAUUCGUUACCGCCCUUCUCUCCCACCCCUCCUAA